UAAUCUGCCCGUGCUCGAACACUCGAUACUAAUUCCGGGACAAGCCCACGGCAAGCGCGUUUUUAAGUCGCGCGAAACCGGUUGAACUCGUGCAGUAUCUUCUCGGCAGACCGUCAAGUAAGAGGUGAACAGUAAAGCAUGAAGCAAAACGUUUCGAUCGGACGCGGCUAUCUGCCAUCGGUGUGGUUUAUGCUGGUUUUGCUGGCCGCUGGCGGCACGCAUCGUACAGCCAGCGCACGCUCGGUUAAGGCAGGCUUUCAAGUGGACAGUGAAGACGGGCGUCUGUCCGUACCGGAGCUGGUGUCAAAGUAUGGAUACAACGUGGAAGAACAUUCGCUUCAAACGGAAGACGGUUACCGGUUAACGGUGCAUCGUGUGCAGAGUCCUGGCCUAACGAAUGGAACCGUUGUGCUGCUGAUGCACGGAUUGCUGUGCAGCUCGGCCGACUGGCUAAUGAUCGGACCGGGCAACGCACUGGCCUAUCUGCUGGCGGACCAAGGAUACGACGUGUGGCUGGGAAAUGCACGAGGCAAUCGGUACUCGCGCCAUCACGAUACGAUCAACCCGGACCAUAGUUCGUUCUGGAAAUUCUCCUGGCACGAAAUUGGACGCUACGACAUCCCGGCCACGAUCGACUACAUACUGGAGCAAACCGGACACCGGCGAUUGCAGUACGUGGGACACUCGCAAGGCACGACCGGAUUCUUUGUGAUGGCCAGCACCCGGCCCGAGUACAACGAUAAAAUCAUCCAGAUGAACGCGCUCGCACCGGUCGCUUUCAUGGGCCACAUGAAGAGUCCGCUGCUGCAGUUUAUGACCAAGUUCCUGAAAACGCUCGACAUCCUGUUUUCCUUGUUCGGGGUGGGCGAGUUCAUGCCCAACAAGCCGAUUCUGCACGAGAUCGCGACGCACAUCUGUCCCCCGAAUUCGACGAUAAAUUUGUGUGCCCAUCUGCUUUUCGUGUUGGCAGGACACAAUCCAACGCAGAUGGAUCCGGCGAUUCUUCCCAUCCUGUUCGGCCAUACACCGGCCGGAUCGGCCACAAAGCAAUUGGUUCACUACGCCCAGGAGGUGCUGUCGAAUCGGUUCGAAAUGUACGACUAUGGUAAGGUGAAGAAUGUGCUGAUCUACGGAUCGGCCUCACCGCCCCAGUACAAUCUUUCGCUGGUAACGGCUCCGGUGGCAAUGUACUAUGGGAUGAACGAUUUUCUCGCCACUCCGGAGGAUGUGCACAGGCUGGCCGAGAAGCUUCCCAACCUGAAGAAAAGUGUGGCGGUGGAUGAUGAUUUGUUCAACCAUCUGGACUUUCUCAUAGCGAACGAUGUUCGGCAUUUGCUGUACGAACCGGUCAUUGAAGGAAUGGCAUCCGCUGAAGUGCUGGAUCAUUGAAUGGAAACCUGGGUGGGGGGAGGGUUUGAUUGAAGUGCAGCGAGAAGCAUCGUUGAACUUUCGCAUAUGCGUUCAAGUAUGUGAUAAUAGAUUUUAUUAUGAUUGUUGCUGCCGUUCAAGAAGCAUCCGUGUGGACAAAGCGCAACGCAAAACAGUGCAAUAAACUAAAGCUAAGAACGUGUGCCAUAGUGGCGGAUUACGGAGGGGAGAACUGUGACUGAUAGAUAAGCAUAAUCGUAUAAAUAAAAGGUAUCAAUGAACAAUUUAACAUGUGUUUUCCACUUCAACUGUGUUUUGAAACUUUCGCUACUUAACUUUCUUUGCUGUACUUGUUGUAUCGCCAGGGUUUUAUUUUUAAUAAAGUAUGUGUACAA